AUGAAGGCAAUGGGUUUUGAACAUCCCCAACAGUCCCAACAACAUUCACAAAAGAAUAAAAAUCCUGAAAUUGGAGUUUCUAUUACUUCUAAUAAUUCAUCAAUUAAUUGCAAUUCCUCAACAAAAAAACAAUUAAAGAAAGAAAAAGCAACUAAUAAUAAUAAGCUUUGGACAUCGUCAAGAUUGGAAGAGAAAAAACGUUUAUGGAAAAAAGAACUCGAAGAACCGUUACUUAAGCGAAUACCCAAAAAUUUGUUGACUUCACUUGGUUGGAAAAAUCCAAUUACAAUUAUUAGUCCAUUUACCAAUCGUAACAAUAACAACAACAAUAAUCAACAACAACAAGCAAUUGACAAAAAAGAAGCAAUUAAAAUUUGGAAUCAAAAUCCAGCCCCAGAACAAUUUUUGGAGAAAACAAUUAUUGAACAACAAAUUUAGAAAAUUUUUAUGAAAUUAGGUCUGUUUUAAGUCGCUCUUCCCUAUUUUCCUUAUACAAUAACACAGAAAAGACCGAAACUUUUACUAUCCAUAAAUUGUCCCAAAGUCACUUCACAAGAAAACUGAUAUCACUU